AGCGUGUUAUUGUUCAUUUAUCAUAACAUCACAGACAUGGACAGAACUCUGCAGUUUGCGUUACUUUUAUGCUUUUUUGCGCUUUGUAUUUCAGCGACAAAAGAGAACAAAUCAGGUAAAACUGCAGCUAAUUCGGAUUCUGGGAACAAUGAUGACGAUGCUAAAGUAGAAGUAGUUCACGAUAUGAAAGAGGAUUCGACAAAGGAGAAGAAAAACGCUGAUGACCACGAGACGAAAAAGAAAGCCUCUGAUGAGGACAAUAAAAGCAAAAAGAGUGAAGAACAUGAUGAAUUGGACGACGACGACGAUGAUGAAGAUGACGAUGAAGACGAAGAUGAACACCAAGGUCACGAAGAUGAACACGAAGAAGAGGAAGAAGACGAAGAAGCAGAUCCGAACGCUAAGAUAGAAGUUCACGAUCUUUUCACCCCAGAAGACUGCACAAACAAAUCCAAAUCUGGUGAUCUUGUAGUGAUCCACUACAAGGGCUGGCUAAAUGAUGGACGACUGUUCGAUACCACCAUUGACCCGGCCAAGGGAUACAUGCCUUUUGAAUUCAUGCUAGGAACGGGGACAGUUAUCAAAGGUUUUGAGAGGGGCGUCUUAGAUAUGUGCAGGGGACAGAAGCGAAAGAUAGUCAUUCCUCCAUCGCUUGGUUAUGGAAAGAAAGGGGCUGGAGAAAUUCCCGGUAAGCAGUUUGAUCUUAAGUUGUAGUCUAAGUUGUAGUUUCUUAUCCUCACAUAAAUUGAUAUUGUUUGUUGUCAAUGAAGUUUUCUGGGUAAACAAAUUAUUUCUCCUGCGUGUAAAUAGGCAAAACCUUAUUUUGAGCGCUGUUUUGGCUUGCAGUACUUUCUUUCAACUUCCUAAACACCUCCGGUGAUAAAUUAAAAGAUGUAUUAAAUAACGUUUUGAAGCACGACGAUAUUGUUUUAAUUUCUAGUUAUGACCUUCAUAUAGAAAAUAAUUUUGUUUCUUUUGAAACAAAUUACGUAUUAAUUAACCGAGUGUGAAUACACGAAACGUUUUUCAACUGGCUCGAUUCGCUCGUAAAUAAUUUAUUUGACAUUUGGCAUAGACACAAUAAAUCAUUUUUAUCAUUCAUUUGUUUUAAUGUAGAAGCAAAAAGGUAUUUCUCGAUAUUUGUUUCAUUAAAAAGGAAUAGGAGAACGCAACCUUAACCCAACCUGCGAGAAGCCUGGGUACGAAAACUUGAAAAAAAAAUCGAUUUUUGUGUUUGGGUCAUGUCCCAGAAACGAAAAUGCGUUAUAGACCCUUAGAUUUCUCGUUCCUAGAGCCCAUCGUAUAUUUAGAUCACGACCGCAUUAGGGAAAAAAAAACAAUUCGGAUAGUCCACUAGCCUGCGUAGCAAACGUUUCCGUGCGGUUUCGGAGCAAAGAACGAGGAACGAGAGUCAAAGACCGCGCGAAAACUUGCGCGAGUAAAAGAGCCCCCUCAAGACAUUUAUUUUCUCGUGCUCCCAUGAGAAAUAGUCUUUGUUGUUACUGCAGAUAACUAAUUAUAUCUGUAGCCCUUGAAAAAUGUAAAAAAGAAUGCGAUAUUGUUUAAAUUAUUCUGGUUCAAGGUUUUUGUCCACAGAAAAUUGAAAUUACCCAGUUUCCCAAUGGAUUACGUCUUAAUCAACCUCGUUCCCAGGGUUCUCUCCUACCCGCCCUACGUAGGGCGUGACAUUUUUGGCCUGGAACGAGUGACGUAUUUUGAGGCAUUGUUCUUCUUUAAUUAAUAUGCCCAGCACGCAUGCCAGAGAUCGACGUCGUGUGGGCCUAGGUCUCCUGAAAAGUGAAUCCACGGCUGUUUCAAUAUUCGUCACAUUGUCAAACUGAAUGUUAGUGAAUUUUUCUAGAGUUGUAUUCUAAAGGACUGUAUCUAGGUUCUAAAAAAGAAUUAUAGAUGACUGUUGUCUUGUGUUUACCUCUUCCACAAAACGAGAAAUUAAAAAGUCUGACGUCGUGGUCAUGCAGCGACGGCAAAGAAAAAGCGUGAUGCACGUGCAAAAUUGUUGUUUUGCUAAUCCAAACCUAUUGUUUCCUUGCCGUUCUCUUUGCUUAGAAGCUACAACAGAGCGGGGCGGAGCUAAGGAAAAUGCCUCAAAAUACGUCAUCGUUUCACUCGACCCAGGGAACUUUCUACACCGUCUUCUGAUUAAAAGCUGCUCAAACAGGCAAAUUUCGUUCUCUUAACCGAGCAUGGAGUCUGCUUGUUAAUUAUCCGAUUCAUGCAAAUUGUACCUUUUUUCAAAGGUGAAAGCGGGUAGAAUUCUUCAAAAUUUUACCAAUUUGGGUGAUAUGCAUUUUAAUUAAAAACAAGCUAAAAACAUACUUACCUCGAUCGAUGUUAAGUUCCCGUGUUAAUUAAAGGGAUGUUGAUGCCAGCUGAUAUUCUUCAAAUAGCAAUUUAAUCAACAGAGUUGAAAAGUUGCUUUUCUUGGUAUGUUUUUAAGUAGUAGUUUGCCUACUUCGAACUCUUCUUCGCAAAAUGGUUGAAAUUCUUCGCCGUCCCACCAAAAUAACACAGCCUCGUCUCCAGGGCUUCACGGUUGAUGUCUCUGGCGUUUAUCCUGCACUAAGGCACCGAGGCCAUUUGAUCGAAUAUCACUCAGUGGGGGGGUAGGGGGGGGGGGGGUUGCUUGGAAGGAAGGGGGGGAGGGGGGUACAUAGAAGUGCUAGGGGCCUUUGGCUCUUAUUUCUCCUUCCCCCAGAAUAUCACCAAAAACAGCAUUUAGCUUUUUGUGUCAUUAAGAACCGGAGGACUAUUUUGAACUGAGUUUUAAUUUUUUGCUUAUUUUGGGGGUACAGAGAAGUACUAGGCGUUCUUGGAUUAUUAUUCUCUCUCCCACUGGAUAUCACCAAAAACGUCAUCUAGGUAUUUGAGUCAAUCAGAAACGGAGAAAUAUUUUGAAUUGAGUUUUAAUCUUUUGCUUUUUUGCGACCAGGUAACACGACUCUCACGUAUGAGCUGGAGAUGUUCGACAUUCGUCCCCCUCCCCCACAGGCAGACUUGUUCUCACAUAUCGACGCAAACGGCGACAAGAAACUGUCAAAGAAGGAGAUAUCAGCGUACAUGAAGGCCCAAGCACAAGCUCACGGUAUGCCAGUAUACGACAAGAGAUGGAAAAAACACCACAAGAGCGUGGUGGCUAAUAUCUUUGAGCAUGAAGAUACUGAUGAAGACGGGUCCAUUUCUCAUGAUGAAUUUAGCGGCCCGAAGAUGAUGUACCAUGAUGAAUUUUAG